CUCCCCAACAUGGCCUCCUGUUGUUUAGCUGAAAAAAAGUAUUUCGGGGUUACCAAUAUAUUAUUUAUUUACUAAACAUCAGUAUCAAUGUGGGUUAGACUUCGGUAUAUGAAAAGAAAGGAAAAGGCAAUUAUCUACUUUGCGACGAAGUGCAUCCUAGCCCGUGGCACAACGCCUCUUCAUCCAUUUAAAUGGAGCUAAGCGCUCAUGCUCAGCGCGUGCUCACCGAGCUGAACCGGCAGAGGGGGCGCGGCACGUUUUGUGACGUAACGCUCAGCACUCCGCGCGGCCAGGUGUUCGUGGCCCAUCGCAACGUCCUCGCAUGCUUCAGCCGGCUGUUCCACGAGCCCGCUUCGGCUACGCCAUGCCUGGAGAUCAGCCUUCCCCAGGACUGCCCAGAGGAUGGCCUCGAACUGCUGCUGCAUUUCUUCUACACCGGUGAGCUGCAGCUGAGCGGUGACAGCGAGCUGAAGGUUCGACACGCAGCCAGGGGCUUGUCUGUGCCUCAGUCACUUAUUCUCGGUCAAGGCUCGCGGGGGAUCCAGCCUCCCAGCGAGCCUGGCUGCGGUGAGGUUGUUGAAGGCAAGCUGCCUUUCCUCUCGUCGCCCGUGGACGACAAACCUAGUCUGACCGCGAAAGGGCCGUGUCUGCCUCGACAGAGGGCGAAAAACAAAGUUGAGCCUCGCGUGAAGGCGGUACCGCCAGCCGCCGAACUCGGCGAUUCCCCCAGCACCAGCGCAACCACCACUACUCGAUAUGGCAGGAGGGUGAAGGGUCCGAGCAGGUUGCUGGGGGAGAACCCCGUGGCCGGCGCCUCAAAGCCGGCCGCGCCGAGGAGGAGAGCCGCAGCUCUUGAGGUCAAGGAUGAUGUCAGCGGCACUGCUGAAGGGGAGCAGAGGAACGCGUGCGUCUCGAGCGGGACUGAGCAGGACGCAUCUGGCGACAACCGCGUUGACAGCACGGACGAGGACAGAGACGACGCACGCGUCUUCCCCGAGGACACUGACGAAGAUUACGUGCCUCACGGUUCACCCGCCGCACCCUCCAAGGGCCAGAGGGGCAAACGCAGGCGGAAAGGCAGAGCCGGGAACAAAGAGAAUGGGAACGACUCGGCACGCUGUGCGAAGAAGGGCUCCGUUCAGUGCCCGACGUGCCACAAAACGUUCCUCAGCAAGUACUACCUGAAGGUGCACAACAGGCGACACACGGGGGAGAAGCCCUUCGCCUGCGCCAAGUGCGGCAAGUGCUACUACAGGAAAGAGAACUUGCAAGAGCAUGAAGCCAGGAACUGCCUCAGCAGAGUAGAGGCGGUGUUUUCCUGUUCCAGAUGUCCCAAGACCUUUAAGCGGAGACAGGAGUUGCGUCUGCACACAGUCACACACACAGGAGAAAUGCCUAAUAAGUGCACCUCAUGCUCGGACCAGUUCAUGCAGAAGAAAGAUCUCAAGAGCCACAUGAUCAAAGUCCACGGAGCUCCUAAACCACACGCGUGCUCCCUGUGCACCAAGUGCUUCCUGUCACGCACAGAGCUCCGACUCCACGAGGCGGCGAAGCACCGAGGCGAGAAGCUGUUCGUGUGCGAGGAGUGCGGUCACCGGGCGUCCAGCCGCAACGGCCUGCAGAUGCACAUCAAAGCCAUUCACAGGAACGAGCGUCCGUUCGUGUGCGAGUUCUGCAGCCACGCCUUUACUCAGAAGGCGAACCUCAACAUGCACCUCCGCACGCACACGGGAGAGAAACCUUUCCAGUGUCACCUGUGUGGCAAGACCUUUCGCACUCAGGCGAGCCUGGACAAGCACCACCGCACGCAUACGGGCGAGCGGCCAUACUGCUGCGAGUUCUGCGAGCAGCGCUUCACCGAGAAAGGGCCCCUGGUGCGCCACAUCGCCAGCAAACACCAGGAGGGUCGAUCACACCUCUGUCACAUCUGCAGCAAGUCCUUCAAAGCCAUCGAACAGCUUCGCGUUCACGUGCGGAGGCACAAAGGCAUGAGGAAGUUCGAGUGCACCGAGUGUGGCUACAAGUUCACCAGACAGGCUCACCUGCGGCGGCACUCCCAGAUCCACAGCCGUGUGGAGAACUACAACCCCCGGCAGAGGAAACUUCGCAACCUGGUGGUGGAGGACGAGAACGCGCCCACCGCAUCCACCCCGCCGGACGAGCAGAGGGACGCGGCGGCUGUGGAGACGCCGCGAGAUGAGGAGGCGGGGUCAGCUCAGGCCGUGGCGCCCGGGGGAGACCCCGCGGGGGUGCAGGAGGCGUUUGCUGUGGAGGAUGUGAUGGAGCACACGGUUCUGGUGACGGACCCGUUCCCCAUCCGGUCAGAUCUGGUGGUGGAACUACAAGGCGUCAGGCCUGAUGGGAAGGCCUGACGCGGCGGCCGACAAGGCGCAGUGCAGAACACUGCUGGAAACUCUGGUUUUAAGAUGGAUCAGAUCUGAACGGUUGUCACUUUGCAAAUUUCUUUUGGUUAAGAGUCCCAAUAUCGUUUCCAUUUGUAAUGGUAAUCUCUUAAUCUCACUGAAAGUUUGAAGGCAACCAGAUGAUGUUUUUGGUUCUGGUUGAAUUUAGUUUCAUGUACUGGCAUGUUGGCAUGCUACUGUUGUGUCCCUAAUGUGAGACUGAAGACCUAUUUUGAGGAGAGGGUUUCCAUUUGCUGUCCAGACUGGCACAUGAUACAAAUCCAGAAAAUUAGAAGAGAAUGCAAAUAUUAAGGAAUGUAAAUAAAAUGUAUAUAUAUUUUA